AUGAGUGGGAAUUCCGUGCGAUGGUUAAGCUCCACGCGACGAAAGCCGAAGAAACGUUUUCGCUCGGCGCUAAGCUUCGGCGAUGCAUACAUAGUUGCCCAAGACUUGGGGCAUGCCGUGUUGAAGAAAGAAAACGCUAUCGAGGAGAUAAUCGAAGCGGUGAAAAAGCAAAUCUUUCCGUUGCAGGCUCAGGAAGCCAAAGAACUCUACAGAGUUGGCUCCGGCGUAGGCGGAGUCAUGUCGAACCAACCCGGAGAGAGUAUGACCUCAUACACCGGGCGACGCAAGAGGUGGUACCGGAAGCUCAAGGAGCUUGAUGCUUCUCUGGAGAUUUCGGAUACCAUCCGAGCUGAUCUACUUUUAGACAAUUGUGGAUUAGAUCGCAAAGUGCGACUAAUGAUCCUUACCGCUGUUGGCGAUAAGCCGUCUUUUGACGCUAUCGAGAAAGCUUUCAUCACCCAGCGCGGCAACUUCUCUCACUUCUUGGAGAGCAAAGCUGCUCCCAAAUCCUCAGGGUUUGUUUCCCGAGGAAACUCCUACAAAGGGAGUCCCUACAAGGGAAAAGGCAAAGGAAAGAAGGGUUCGUUUCAGCCCAUGGCAUAUCUGGCCGAUCCACAAGACCUCUUCGAGGAUUACGGAGAAGAGGAAUCCGUUUGGGAUCCUGAGAGCGAAGAGGAGUUGGUUCAAGCCGAUGACAAUGUCACGGCGUUCUUGGCUGGAUCGCUCGAAGAUGCGACCGCCGAGAACAUAGAGCUGGAUGUGAUGGAGGCAGAAGUUGUUGCUUACUUUGCCCGUUUGAAGGCAAAGGGCAAAGGUAUGCCGAUGGGUCAGCAUGCCCACGGCUACAAUCCGAGAAAGGGCACUGGGCCGGAGACAGAGAAUGCCAAGGCAAAGCGAUUGGCUCACCCAGGGUUCUUUAAUCCGGGAGACUUUGCGGAUGAAGACGAAGAUGAAGAGCUCGUCGAAGACGACUCUUUUGAGUUCCUCGAACCUCCUCCUGAGGGAUCGGACACCCCGUUUUCGGGUUCGGACUUCACAGAGGAUAAACACUACGUCUUCCCGCAAAGUACAGCGCAGAGAAGAGACUUUUUUCUCUUGCAGAAAAAAGCUGAAGACUUCGUUCCGGUGAGGGACUGGAUUGCCUUGGAGAACCCGCACACUUACGGCGAGGAGAAGAAAGAGAAGAAAGGCAAAGGCCGCGGCUGGAGCAAGAGCCCUGCUGCAACUUGGGAGCCCAAAGGGAGCGUUUUUCCAGCCCCCAAUGGUGCUGGUGACGGUUUGGUAGACCGCGUCAAGGCUGAAAAUGCCAAUCGAGAGCGUAAAGAGACGAAGGAGACAACGGCAGCGUCAUCGUCGAGAGACAUGAAGAUGAAACAUGAUGAGGAAGAGGAGCUCGAAUUCCUCGAUGACCUCACUUUCGUCGAAAACCUCAGUCUCGACGAUGGCUAUGAUCUUUCAGAUAUAGUCAACUGGGACGUGCCCGAGCUGGAGAAGAUCACCUACGUUUUUCUCCGCCACCUCUUUGCAGCUUUCCGACCGACCGAAACUUCGGCGGUGGAUGGCAUCAUGAAGAAGUACAGCGACGAGUUGAUCGCGCUGAUGGGUUGCGUUGCCAAGAAGUACGUCGAUGGCACGUAA